AGCCGUUUCGGUUCCCGAUAGACAUUUGAAAGGCUCGCUUUUCGUUUCGAGGCGCACUCCCCGUCUGGCCAUGCCCUGCCUUCGUGCCAAUGAUGCCGAGGCUGGCGAACAGGCGGAGGCCUCGCCGACCUUGCUGACAACGAAGGCCGUGGGCAUUCAGGCCGACGACUGCGACGUGGUGCUUGUGAAGACCAAGGAGCUCAACUUGAAGCGGGGGAAGACAGAGCAGCUGCCCUCUGCCAGCCAUGCCAAGGACUUCCGGCGCAGUAUGACCGCACCAGAGAAGAUCGCCACUGCUGGCCGCACAGCCGGCAAGCAGGUCCGAAGUGCUUGGUUUUCGGCUGGAGACGGGCUCCUGCGCUGGAUCACCUCCUCCAAGCAGCCGCAGCUGAUCUGUGCCAGCUUCGGAAUGCAGUCCAGAUACUGGCAGACCCGCUGAGUCUUGGAGGGAGGAGCUCGGAGCUCUGCCACUCAGGAACCCAGGC